AUGAGCCUUUGGUUGCGCAUUUUGUGUCUUCUACUCUUCAGCCUCCAAAGGUCCAAGAGCCAGAAUCCUAUGCCAGUUUACAAAGAUCAUGAUUUUAUCUUUGAGUGUGUCGAUGUGCACAAUUUGCUACGGACGCAACUUAACCCACCAGCAGCCAAUUUGCAGUACAUAACUUGGGAUGAGGGUUUGGCAAAGACUGCCAAAGCCUGGGCAAAGAGAUGUCGUCCUGGACAUAAUACUUAUUUAGAAAAGAUGAGAAAAUCUCAUCCUGUCUUUAAUGGCCUUGGUGAAAAUAUAUGGACUGGGCCUAUAUAUUUGUAUUCUCCAAGACUUGCUGUCAAAAGUUGGUUCAGUGAAGAGCAAUUCUAUGAUUUUCAAACUAAUACAUGUUCACGUUUGUGUUCUAGUUAUAUUCAGGUUGUUUGGGACGCUACCUACAAAAUCGGCUGUGCUGCUGCUACGUGUGCUCGUGUUGGAAACCUGACCGAUGUAGUGCAUUUCAUAUGUAACUAUGUACUGAGUGGGAACACUAAUAGAAGGCCUUAUAAAGAAGGAAAAUUUUGUACUCAAUGUAACAAAGGGGAUAAAUGCCUGGAUAUGCUAUGCAGUAACAGUGACCGUGAUAAAAUUGCACACUAUCCUUUUUGGUACCCAGAAUGGGAAUUUCCUCGACCAGUUAUGUGUGAUCUCCGAUGUCUAUUUUGUUUAUCAUUUAGAAUCUUUUUAUUUGUGUUGGCUGUUGUAAUAGUUUUCCUAUUACAGCAUAAAUUUCCAAAUAUACAGUUAGAAAAAGAUAUAUUGUUAAUUGUAACGGAAAAAGAAACAAAGCCAAAAGAAUAUAAUCCACGAUCAAAUAAGACUCCCCAACAGGAAGAAACCCAAGUCUAA